UAAAGGACAAGAAUCUGUGCAACUGUAGGGUUAGGUUUGGGUUUAGGGUUUUUUCCGUUUCAAUAGAAUUAUUGAAAGAAGAGAAUGUCGAAAUUAAUGCCUAAUCUUGACCAACAAAGCACCAAGCUCCUCAAUCUAACGGUCCUCCGUCGCAUCGACCCUUUCAUCGAGGAAAUUCUCUUCACCGCCGCUCAUGUAGCCUUCUACGACUUCAACAUCGACCUUAGCCAAUGGAGCCGUAAGGACGUCGAAGGAUCUCUUUUUGUUGUCAAGAGGAAUACGCAGCCUAGAUUUCAAUUUAUUGUGAUGAAUAGACGCAACACUGAUAAUUUGGUGGAAAAUCUCUUGGGAGAUUUUGAGUAUGAAGUUCAGGAUAAAUAUCUACUUUACCGCAAUGCUUCUCAGGAAAUAAAUGGUAUUUGGUUCUAUGAUGCUCGUGAACUUGAAGAAGUUGCAAACCUUUUUAGCAGGAUUCUUUCGGCAUACUCAAAGGUUCCUCAGAAGUCAAAGGCUGAGGCAACGUCCACAAAAGGGGAGUUUGAAGAACUGGAGGCUGCUCCAACAGUGGCCAUUAUGGACGGUCCUCUGGAGCCAUCAUUAUCAAUUGCAUCCAAUGCUGCUGAUGCCCCUGUUGAUCAUGCCUUUGUGAAUUUCUUCAGUACAGUUAAGAAUGUUGGAAGUGGUUCGAACGUAGCAGUUUCUGCACAACCAUACAUAUCUUCUGCAGCUAUGCCUGCUGCACAUUCUAACCCUACCGUUGUUGCCUCCCCCACACAAUCAGCCUUGCAACUAUUGUCUCUACCAUCUUCUACUAUGUCGAAACCACUACUCAGUACUCCUGAAUCCAACAGCAAUUAUACAAAUCUUGUAAAGCCCUCAACGUUCUUUGAGCCGCCUUCCUCUUCUGUACAUAUUUCAACACACGUUUCUGCUUCUUUGCCCACUGCUCCUCUACCUAACACUCCUUCGAGUCUGCAACGUCCUUAUGGUGCUCCAUUGCUCCAACCUUUUCCACCACCCACACCAUCACCAUCUCUUACUCCUGCUGUUCCCCCUCAGAGCUAUGGUCUGAUUGUCAGCAAAGAGAAAGUUCUAGAUGCACUUUUGGCUCUGGUUCAGGACAAUCAAUUCAUUGACAUGGUCCACCGAGCACUGCUAAAUGCACAUCUCUCUUAACCACCAUAUUCAAGGCACUGGUUUUAUUCCUUUUUCUGUACUUUUUUUGUGUCUUGUGAUUGUUGUUAUUUUCUUUACUAAAGGGUAAAAAAAUACAAUUUGUA